GUCCAGUUGGGGAUGAUUGAAUGCCCUGAGAAUACGAUGACUGUUUAUAAACGCGUCUUUGGAAAGUCUCACCGUGCUCUGCCCACCCUGAGCCUUGAUCUCCAGAUAUUUUUUCUGCCUGAGCAAAUCUUUGAGCUCCGUCUUGCUUGACUCCAGCUCUUCAGUGUUCUGUACCUCCUCAACCUUGAUGUUCUCAAACUACAGAUGAGGAACACGGUGAGGUCAACCAAAAGAACGAAGGAAGAAGAGUCCGGAUGUUAUCUAUACCUUCCUCUGGUACCAGUCCUCCGUCUCCUUCAGGUUCUUCACGGCUAGUUUGUCGUACUGCAUGCGGAUAUUGUAGACAAUCUCAGGCAAAUUGGAGUUCGGAGUUUCAAUCUCUACGUUCACCUCAGAGGUCUUGAUCCUUUCACGCAGGUGAUCUACGGCCUACACACACUCAAAUUAUAAACUCAAUUUACUUUCUUUGUGGGGUUUCUGUCUCACAUUUUUGUGGUCCUCCUCAAGAAUGGCCAGCUCAUCUUUCACCAGGUCAAUUUCCUUCUGCGUCUGCUUGUUGUUCUGCUUGGUGUCCUCAAUGUUCUUCUUCAGCUCCUCCAGAUCGUUUUCAAUGGCCUUGCGGACCUUUGUCUCGUCACUCAGCCUAGCAGACACACACGGCAAAACACAAACAUGCUCUCACUACUGUCUUUCUGAGAACCGCAGCUCUUUGGUUCUUUAGAAAUGCUUCCCAGGAGGUUAUUGUGAACUAACUUGUUCAUAAAGUCAACAUUGGCCAGCUUGGUGUUGUCAAUCUGGAGCAGCAGCUUGGCGUUAUCCAUGGUGAUGACUUUGAUCUGAAGGAAUGUGCUCAUUAUGAUCAAGUAUAUUUAGAGAGAGAAAGCGGGAGAGAGGACAACCUCAUUCUUGAGCUCGAUCAGCGGCUUCUCCACCUCAUCCCAGUCACGACCUUCUGGUGUUUUCCUUUUGACCAAAAUCUCAUCAAUCUCAUCCUUCAACUGCUGGUUCUCCUUCUCCAGCUGCUUCACCCUGCCCAGGUAUCCGGACAGACGGUCGUUCAGGCCUCGCAGGGUCUGUUUGUCGUCCAUGGGAGCGGACAAACCUGUGGCUUGACCGGCGGACGGACCGGCAGACAGUGCCACACUGGAGUCCUGCUCGACAUUGUUGUCUUUACGCAGCACGUUACGCAAACCCUCCAGGCUAGAGACCGACACCCUGGAGCCUCUUCCACCGGCACCUCCGAACAUGCUUGCAGCGGUGUUAAAAGGCAUUAUAAAGGAACAAGUGCACUAUGAGACUCAACACUCAAUUUGGAGGUAGGAUGAAUCCAGGUGAGUUUUAUACCCUCUUUGACCACCCCCACUUAUACUAUUGGCUCAUGGACCAACCUCACGGUUGAAACUCUGGUUUUUCUAGUCCCCUCUUUUGCUUUUUCUCUUCAGAUUGGAAACAAGCAGAGACGUAGGGAGGCGCCAGGCGGUCCUCCCCCGCUUUAAAAUCCAGAAUGUCCAAAGGCAGAGAUUACAGCAGCCAGUCGUACACUCCCGGCAGCGCCACGCCGGCCAAGAGCUACCCGACCAACAAAGUGGACUCGGCAGGGAAGUCCAGGGAGAGGGACGACAUGGUGGGACUCAAUGACAAGUUUGUGAGGCUCAUUGAAAAGGUGAAACACCAGGAAGAUGAGAACAGAAAGUUGGACGCCAAGCUGAAGAUCCUCAGGGAACAAGAGGCCUAUCAGGGCGGGGUUGAGGGCGUGGUCAAGCAGUUGGAGGAGGAGCUAAAGCAGCAGAUUGACAAGCUCCUCAAUGACCGAGCCAAGCUUGAGGAUGAGCUGCAUCGCAACCAGGACGUGUCGGAGAACACCAAGGAGAGGUAUGAGGAGGAGUUGCUGAAGAAAGCAGACCUGGAGAACGACUUCAUUAUCACCAAAAAGGAUGCAGAUGAAGGACACUUGGAAGCUGUCCAUCUGGCUCUGGAUUUGGAGGAUCUGAUUGGCCAGUUGGAGUUCCUGAGGGUCGGCCAUGACGAGGAGAUUAAAGAGCUGGAAUCUCACAUCCAGAACGAGACGGUGAUUUUACGAGAGAACAGCAAGCGGUUGUUGGACAUGGACGAGAUUGUAGACGGCGUCAAGAGUCAGUACGCCAACAUGGCCGCCCGCACCAGGGAGGAGGCGGACCACUGGAACCGGAAAAAGAUGGACGUCAUGGUUCUAAAAGCCGGACAACGUGAACAGGAAGUCAGGGAAAUAAGGAGGGAGAUCUCAGACGUGGUGCGCUUCAUCCAGAGGCUUAACAGCGAGCUGGAUGCCCUAAAGAGGAAGGAGGAGUCCCUGAAGAAGGACAUCAGCGACGCAACCGCGGAAGGCGACGCGAGCUUGGAGAGGGCCCGCGGCGACAUCGCUCAGCUGGAGGAGGCCUUGAGGAGAGCCAAGCACGACAUGGCGGGUCAGAUCCGCGAACACCAAGAACUGAUGAACCUCAAGCUGGCGUUGGAUAUCGAGAUCGUCACGUAUCGUAAGCUGCUGGAGGGCGAGGAGAUGAGGAUGAACGAGCUCAUGCGUCACUCAGAUUUCUAAAAAUAAGCAACCCACCAAUCCACGUCCUUACUUGCACGCAGACGUUCACCAGCAGCAGCUGCCACCUGAGGAGCCCAAAACAAGCCCGGACCUCACAUCCACAGUCCCCCGCCCAGCAAGUCCCCAAGGCAGGGGACAACGUAUGGUCAUCAAGGUGCAAGUGGAGGCAGGGAGGGUUGUGUCGGAAAGCUCUUCGUGU